ACAAGUUUAUUCAGUCACAACACACAAAAAAACACUAUAAGAAGAAGAAGAUCUCUCUUCUUCUCUUCUUUCAUUCAUUCGCUCUUGGUGAAAAAAGAGGAAAUCUAGGUCACACCGACGAUGGCUUAUUCUUCUGCUGCUGCUGCAAUUCGUCUAGUCUUUCUUCAUUUCCUUGUCAUCUCCUCUUUAACAUCAUCUGCUUAUGAAUUUCCUCACGGCGAUCGACUUGCUCAUAAAUCCGCUUCAUGCAAUAACAAUUUCCAGCUGGUAAAGCUGAUGAUGUGGGUAAAUGAUACCAAAGUUGAAAGUGUAGUUGGUUUAGGUGCUGCCUUUGGUGCUCUCUUGCCAGCACAUGCAGAAAAUGCUCUUCGAUAUCCUGCCGCUUUCGCAAACCCCUUAAAUUGCUGCUCAAGUUCAACCUCAAAUUUAUCAAAUUCUAUUGCACUGUCUACACGAGGAGAUUGUGCCUUUACAAUGAAAGCAGAAGUUGCUGAAUCAGGUGGUGCAUCUGGGUUAUUGGUGAUCAAUGACAAUGAAGAUCUUUACAAAAUGGUGUGUUCUGAAAAUGAUACUUCCACAAACAUAACAAUUCCUGUUGUCAUGAUCGCAAAGUCGACAGGAGAGACUAUGAAACAAUUAAUGUUAGAUGGAAGCCAGGUGGAGCUUCUGUUAUACUCCCCAAACCGCCCACUUGUAGACAUUUCAGUGAUAUUUUUAUGGCUGAUGGCUGUUGGGACUAUUGUCUGUGCGUCUCUUUGGUCGGAGUUUAUUGCUUCUGAGCAAGGUCACGAGAGUUAUGAUCAGCUGGCACCAAAGGUCUCUUCUGCUGCUGAGUCUGUCAAAGAUGACUCUGCUAAGGAGGUUUUUGAUAUCAAUGCCAGUGGUGCUGUGGUAUUUGUCAUUGUGGCAUCAGUCUUUCUGAUGCUACUGUACUUCUUUAUGUCGGCGUGGUUUAUUUGGGUGCUGAUUGUACUAUUUUGCAUUGGUGGAUCUGAGGGAAUGCACGCUUGCUUAGUUACAGUGAUUUUAAGGAUAUUCAAGAAUUCUGGGGAUAAGAAAGUAAACCUUCCUUGUCUUGGGGAGGUAACAGUUCUUUCUAUGGGGGUAUUGCCAUUCUGUCUAGCAUUUGCCAUAUUUUGGGCUGCAAAUCAGCAUGUAUCAUAUGCAUGGGUUGGCCAAGAUGUUCUUGGAAUCUGUUUGAUGAUAACAGUACUGCAAAUGGCACGUCUACCAAAUAUAAAGGUACCAAGUGUGUAUUUUGUUUUGUUUCUUGAACUCACAUUUCUCAGCUAUUGCUUUUUUGUUUUUACCAAUCAGGUUGCGUCAGUACUUCUUUCAUGUGCAUUUGUAUACGAUAUAUUUUGGGUCUUUGUAUCUCCACUCAUCUUCAACGAAAGUGUAAUGAUUGCGGUUGCUCGCGGUGACAAUAGUGGUGGAGAAGCCAUUCCUAUGCUUUUGAGGAUCCCUAGAUUUUUUGAUCCAUGGGGUGGAUAUGAUAUGAUUGGCUUUGGAGACAUUCUCUUUCCUGGUUUACUUGUUGCAUUUGCCUUUAGAUAUGACAGAUCGAGUAAGAAGGGUAUCCUGAAUGGAUAUUUUCUUUGGUUGACGAUAGGCUAUGGCAUUGGUCUCGUCCUCACAUAUGUUGGGUUAUACUUGAUGGAUGGGCAUGGUCAACCUGCACUCCUAUAUCUUGUUCCUUGUACUUUGGGGGUUAUAAUCGUAUUAGGCUGGCUUAGAGGUGAGCUGAAACAUCUCUGGAACUAUGGGUCCUCUGAAUCAUUAUCUAGAGAUCCUUUAGGCGAAGCCUGAGCAUAUUAGGUUAACUGUAUCUCUAGAGAUGGAAGGUUAUAGAUAACAGGCAGCAGCAGACUCCAUAGAUCGAUCUCCUGAAGCUACCUGCAUACAAGAUUGUGAUUGAGCUUGUCGAUAUUCAAAUUGGAAGGUUGGGGGAACACACCACAGUCUGUCUUAGCAUAUAACUGGAUUAUACCAAAUCAAUUGUGCAGGAACUAAUGUGAUGAUUAUACCUGAAUCCCAGUUUGUUCACCCAAGGUAAAGUGGGAAGAAAUCUCAACAAAUCUGUUAUCUGUAUGUAACAGUCUGAUUAGCUAUACAUACGUUAUUUUGUUCUCACCAGCUUUGUGAGAACAACAUAUUUUCUCUCUGGGAACAGAGUGACUCUGAUUGUAUAGCCCUCUCUACUUGGUUCAUGCACGCGUUGGUGGGUGAGAUUCUUGGUAAAAAAAGAUAUUAUUUUUUGCUCAAUAACGGAUAAAAUUAAAAUUAACAAAA